AUGGCUUUAUGGAUUCCAGUGUCACUUGCCCUCAAUUCCGUCAACAAGUGGGAAUACUUGAGUAUUGUUCCAAUAUUGUUCGUGAUGACGAGGCUGCUUAUACUUCGUCGACGCCUUCAUCCAUUUCACUAUUUGAUCCUGUCAAAACUCGCAGCCGACGCUAUCGAGAUUCUUCUUCCGAUGAUGACGUUUUCGGCUUCGCAGUUACUGUUCUUCACAUUCGACGCACAAUUACGGCAGUUUACCUUCAGUGAUCAACAGUGUGGGCGCGCACUUUCUCUUUAUCAGGAUUUGAUCUACAAUGUUACCUUGGCAGUCGUUAGUACCUUUGCCGACAUUUACUGCUUGCUAAAACUGAACUACUACAGAAAGACCGCAGCAAAGAUCGCCCUUCUCUACGUAUUAAUGUUGGUCUCAUUCCAUAUUGCUGAGUCUUUCGAGGGAGUUACAUCACGCUUCAUUCUCACGGUAAUCGCGUGGCAAAUAUGGCUCGGAUCAACC